AUUUGAAAUGACAACACAACGGAAACUAGUAUUGUCAAGUCUUUCACUCAAGUGCUUUUAUUUUGAGAAGACGUUGUAAGGACGUCAUGCCUUUCGCAAGAUUCGUCCAACCUGGGCGAGUGGCCCUGGUGGCCGAAGGCCCAUUGAAGGGAAAAUUAGUCAGCGUGGUAGAUGUCAUUGAUCAAACGCGUGCACUCGUUGACGGACCCGGCAGCGGCGUCCCCAGGCAACAAAUUCGUUUAAACCAGCUUCACUUAACAAAGUUCCGCCUUAAGUUUCCGUUUACAGCACCAACACGUGUCGUAAGAAAAGCGUGGACAGAUGAAAAACUAAAUGAAAAGUGGGCCGAAAGCCAAUGGUCCAAAAAGUUGGAGAACAAAGAGAAACGCGCUCAAAUGACAGACUACGACAGGUUCAAGCUGAGCUCAGCGCGGGUAAAGAGGAAUCGUGCCAGAACUCCUGUAUUUAAGAGUCUGAAGGCCCAAGCGGCGCGCAAAGGCGUCUUUGGCAAGAAGAAAGUACCUAAAGCAUCGGUCAAGAAACCCCGCGUAAAAAAAGAAACUUCGGCGAAGAAGCCAGCUAAGAAGUAAUUCUUAUUUUGUGUCUGAAUGAAUAAGUGUAUGACUUUGAAAGGACUUGUCGGAAUAAAGAAUUACUUUUAGCUUAA